AUGGACUUAAUCAUUUUUAUUGUAAUGUUGUUAGUGAUGGUUUUAGUAGUAGUUUUAUUAGUUCUAUUAAGAACAAAUAAGGCUUCUCCAAAAGAAAUGGAAGCAAUUCCAGGUACCUUAGGAUGGCCUAUUAUUGGAGAAAGUCUCUCUUUCAUAUCCGAAUUUUCGAGCCCUGCUGGUAUAUACAGCUUCAUCAACAAGAGACAGAAACUGUAUGGGAAGGUGUUUAAGAGUUAUGUGUUGGGAAGGUAUACAGUAUUCAUGACGGGAAGAGAAGCAAGCAAGAUCUUGUUGACAGGUAAAGAUGGGAUAGUGAGCUUAAACCUUUUCUACACAGGACAGCAAGUACUUGGACCUACAAGCUUGCUCCAACAGACAGGAGAGGCGCACAAGAGACUCCGAAGACUAAUUGCUGAACCACUUUCUGUUGAUGGUUUAAAGAAGUAUUUUCAGUUUAUCAACAGUUUAGCUAUUGAAACAUUGGAUCAGUGGUCUGGAAGAAAAAUUUUGGUUCUUGAAGAAACUUCCACAUUUACACUGAAGGUGAUAGGCAACAUGAUAAUGAGUUUAGAGCCAACUGGUGAGGAGCAAGAGAAAUUUCGAACCAAUUUCAAGAUUAUUUCUGGCUCUUUUGCUUCUUUACCCUUUAAAGUCCCGGGAACUGCCUUUUAUCGUGGCAUUCAGGCUCGUGAUCGAAUGUAUGCUAUGUUAGACUCGAUAAUUGACCAACGGAGGAGUGGGGAAAACAUAAAACAAGAUUUCUUGCAAUCCCUGGUGAAGAAGCAUGGCAAAGAUGCACCCGAAGGAGAUGAUGAUGACAAACUCACAGAUAAACAACUUAAGGAUAACAUAUUGACGCUUCUAGUUGCAGGCCACGAUACUACAACUGCCGCUUUAACAUGGCUCCUCAAAUUUCUUCAAGAAAAUCCUGCUGUAUUGGAACGACUAAGAGAGGAGCAUAGAGAAAUCCAAGCUCAAAAACAAGGCACGUUAGAUCUCACCUGGUCUGAAGUCAACAAUAUGCCUUACACCGCCAAAGUAAUCAGUGAAACACUUCGAAUGGCCACAAUCCUUCCAUGGUUUUCAAGAAAAGCAGCACAAGAUUUUGAGAUUGAGGGGUGCAAAAUCAAGAAGGGAUGGUCACUUAACUUGGAUGUAGUGUCUAUUCAUCGCGACCCCAAAAUAUUUCCUAAUCCGGAGAAGUUUGAUCCUUCUAGAUUUGAUGAUCCUCUAAAACCUUUCAGCUUCCUUGGAUUUGGAAGCGGACCACGCAUGUGUCCUGGAAUCAACUUAGCCAAACUGGAAAUUUCUGUCUUUCUCCAUCAUCUUGUCUGCAGAUAUAAAUGGACACCGUUAGACACAGAUGACUCUGUCCAGCCAACACUUGUUAGGAUGCUGAAGAACAAGUAUCCCGUCAUGGUUGAGCCACUUUAGAUAAUCUUUUACAUUGUACUACAAAAAGAAGAACUAGACCAUUUUCAGAUAUAUAGGAUAAUGUAAGGAAAAAUAACCAUGGUGCUGUAGUUGUUCCUAAAGAUCCAGUGUUAAAUUGAAAUAUAUAAAGUAUGGAACUCUUUGGUAAUGAUUAAA